GCCAAUCAGACUCGCGGACAGCGCUCAGACAACAAACAAAAGACGGAGGCUAGCCGAGCUGCGUCCUAACGUCACUCCUCACUCUGCGCCCCGCGACGACACGCGUCUCUGCCCCCGAUCCGCGUCCCUCGGCUCCUGAGCGGCGGACCGUCUUCGUGUGUCGUCGGCUAACGUUAGCCCGAGCCGUGUCGGAGAUCGCUUUGCCCGCGCUGGCCAAGCUAAACGCGUUAGCCAGGUUAGCUACUCGGCUAACUAGCUCUGGCUGCCUCUCUGCGACUAGCGAAGCCAGUUAGCUUAGCCUGCUAGCUAGCUUUGCUACACCCCCCCCCCCCCCCCCCCCCCCUUCCUCCCCUCUCCUCCUCCCUAACAAACUUGACACUGACGGACACGAGUGUCUCUGGCUUGUGUCUGACAAGCCGUUCUACCAGCACCCGCGCCGCAGCCAUGUCCGGACAGUCGUCGGGCUGUGGGUUUCUCAUGUCGGUUGUUGUCCACGGAGACGCGGCUCUGAACGAGCAGGAAAAGGAGCUCAACCAGCGACUCCGACGGCUCUAUCCGGCCGUGAAUGAGAGCGAGACCCCGCUUCCUCGCUCCUGGAGCCCGAAGGACAAGUUCAGCUACAUCGGUCUCUCCCAGAACAACCUGCGCGUGCACUACAAAGGUCAUGGCAAAACUCCUAAAGAUGCAGCGUCUGUACGGGCCACUCAUCCCAUCCCAGCCGCCUGCGGGGUCUACUACUUCGAGGUGAAAAUCAUCAGUAAAGGCCGAGAUGGGUACAUGGGCAUCGGACUCUCAGCUCAGGGUGUUAACAUGAACAGACUGCCCGGUUGGGACAAGCACUCGUAUGGUUACCAUGGAGACGAUGGACACUCCUUCUGCUCGUCCGGCACAGGGCAACCUUACGGACCCACGUUUACAACAGGCGACGUGAUCGGCUGCUGCGUUAACCUCAUCAACAACACGUGCUUCUACACAAAGAACGGCCACAGCCUAGGUAUUGCCUUCACAGACCUACCACCAAACUUGUACCCGACCGUGGGCCUUCAGACUCCAGGGGAGGUGGUUGAUGCAAACUUCGGCCAACACCCCUUUGUGUUCGACAUUGAGGACUACAUGCGAGAGUGGAGGACAAAGAUCCAGGCCCAGAUCGAUCGCUUCCCCAUUGGGGAGCGCGAGGGCGAGUGGCAGUCCAUGAUCCAGAAAAUGGUGGCUUCCUACCUGGUGCACCACAGCUAUUGUGCCACAGCUGAAGCCUUUGCCAAAUCCACCGACCAGGCUGUACACGAGGAGCUGGCCUCCAUCAAAAAUCGACAGAAAAUCCAGAAGCUGGUGUUGUCAGGUAGAAUGGGCGAGGCCAUCGAGACCACCCAGCAGCUCUAUCCCAACCUCCUGGAGAGGAACCCAGACCUGCUCUUCAUGCUCAAGGUGAGACAGUUCAUAGAGAUGGUGAAUGGGACAGACAGUGAGGUGAGGUGUCUGGGAGGUCGCAGCCCAAAGUCUCAGGACAAUUACCCCGGCUCCCCGCGACCCUUCAGCAGCCCGAGCCACAAAGCCAGCAGCUCCCAGCCGUACCUCACAGGGUUUGACAGCAACUGCUGUAAUGGCGUGACGUCUAAUAAGAGCCACAGCUCCUCCCCUCACAGUCACAAGCCCUGCCCUCCGAGCUCUGGCUCCACCCUCCCAGCGUCUGACAUCAGUCUUAACGGGAGCCGCGGUCAACAGCCCGUAACCAGCAAUGACAUAGAUAUGGAGGUUGACCACUUCACCAACGGAGUGACAGAAUCCUCCUCAAAUGGUUUCCUCAACGGCAGCUCUAAACACAGCGCAGAGCCCGACGACUGUGACGCAGACAUGGAAGUGGAAUCUGCUCAGUCCAAGCGGCAGCUGUGCGGUGGGAGCCAGGCGGCCAUUGAGAGAAUGAUCCAUUUCGGCAGGGAGCUCCAGAGCAUGAGCGAACACCUCCGCCGUGAGUGUGGCAAGAACUCGACUAACAAGAAGAUGCUCAAGGAUGCGUUCAGCCUUCUCGCCUACUCAGACCCAUGGAACAGUCCAGUCGGCUACCAGCUGGACGCCAUUCAGAGAGAGCCGGUCUGCUCCACUCUCAACAGUGCAAUAUUAGAGACUCACAACCUGCCCAAGCAGCCCCCUCUGGCUCAGGCCGUGGGUCAGGCCGCCCAGUGCCUUGCCAUCAUGGCACGGACUGGCAGCGGCUCCUGCGCCUUCGCCUCUGUGGACGAUUACUUGCACUAGCCUCAUGUACAUGCACACACACACACACACACACACACACA